GGUUCACCUUGUCUCUUAGAAGCUGUGUCUGAACAUAAUAGGGCAGUGACAUCUUUAUUAAUAGAAGCUGGUGUUGAUCCUAAUCAAGUAGAUAAAAAUGGAAAUACGGCCUUACAUAUUUUCUUACUACAUGACCGACAUUUCAUGAGUUUUCUUAUGUCACAAGCCAUGAAGUCAUUAUUAGACAAGGUUGAUUCAAGAAUUCUCAACAAAAAUGGCAAGACUGCACUGGAUCUGGCUCUUGCUAGAAGGAGUACUGAUGCAGUAUUAGUUUUUUUAGAAGCUGGAUGGAGAGACUAUGAUAACGAGAAGUUUCAGAUAUUAGCACUACAUUAUGCCUCAAAGCAGGGUCUGAUGAAUGAUGUCAGUAUUCUUAUCUCUAAAGGUGUCCCUGUCAAUGUUAAGGAUAAGUUUGACAAGACUGCUCUUCAUCUUUCAUGUGAAAGAGGACACUCUGAUGUUGCUAAUGCAUUGAUUAAAGCAAAAGCAGAUGUUAAUUGUCAAGACAAGGUUUGUAGUAAAUAAGAGAGU